GCCAAUAACUCUAUAUAAAACCUUGUUGGCUGCACAAUAUUCUCCCACAAACAAUCAACAACAGAACAACUACUUCUUCAAACAACAACAGAUUCAAGUUCAUAGUUUUUUUUGGUAAAACAGAAAUGGCCUACCACUCUUCUCAAAAUUCCCAACCUGCUCUCCCUAUGCACCUAUGUUUCUUCUUGCUCACCUUGUUCAUGUUCCUUAGUUUCUCAUUUUACUCAAGCUACGAGCCAAUAAUGGAGAGUUUCAUGGACCAAGUGAAGUUGGUUCUAAUGGUUUCUCCCCUUCUGCUUCUGCUAGUUGUGCACUUCCUUUGCAACUAUGGAAGUGGAGGGGUUUUGUCUUCACUGAUUCCUCUUCCAGAGAGAGAGUCACUGCACAGAGCAGGUGGAACUCCUUGGGGUGUUGGCUUGGUUCUUGUUCUUCUUCUCUUCAUGGUGUCUUACCAGUCUUCUUUCCAGGAGCGUUGGUUUCCUCUGCUCACAAGGUGAAAAGUUUUGGGUUCUUAGUUUUUUUAUCCGUAAAGUUUAAAGACAACAAUUGAGUUAGAUUCUUGAUUGGGGUUCUUAGUUAUAUGGUAACAUGGCAUGGCAUGGAACUUUGUUUGUAAUUAGUGUAAUUUAGUGAGUUCUCAGGGUUUUUCAGAUUUCAUUUUUUUUGUAUUUAUUUGUUUUUGUUGAAAUUAAAGGGAUAUAUAUAUAUAUAUAUAUAUAUGGUGUACUGUUCUUGCAAUAUAUGAAACUGUGAUUUUCAGUUUUUUGGCA